CCGAGGCAGACAGGCCCGGAGUUUCCCUCUUCUGAGAUUUCUUCUCCGCUUACGUUUCGACGAUUCCUUUCGUGGCAUCUCGAUGAGAUUGGAAGGGGAGACGGAGCUAAGGAAAAAGGUUGACUUGGGGCCGAGCCGAGGCGUCCAAGCCAUGGCUUUAAAAGGACAAGAAGAUUAUAUUUAUCUUUUCAAGGAUUCUGCACAUCCUGUGGAUUUUCUUGAUGCAUUCAGAACAUUUUACUUGGAUGGAUUAUUUACAGAUAUUACCCUUCAGUGCCCUUCGGGAAUAAUCUUUCAUUGUCACCGAGCUGUUUUAGCUGCUUGCAGCAAUUAUUUUAAGGCAAUGUUCACAGCUGACAUGAAAGAAAAAUUUAAAAAUAAAAUAAAACUCUCUGGCAUCCACCAUGAUAUUCUGGAAGGCCUUGUAAAUUAUGCAUAUACUUCUCAAAUUGAAAUAACUAAAAGAAAUGUUCAAAGCCUGCUUGAGGCAGCAGAUCUUCUACAGUUCCUUUCAGUAAAGAAGGCGUGUGAGCAGUUCUUGGUAAGACACCUGGAUAUUGAUAAUUGUAUUGGAAUGCACUCCUUUGCAGAAUUUCAUGUGUGCCCAGAACUAGAGAAAGAAUCUCGAAGAAUUCUGUGUUCAAGAUUUAAGGAAGUAUGGCAACAAGAAGAGUUUCUGGAAAUCAGCCUUGAGAAGUUUCUCUUUAUCUUGUCCAGAAAGAAUCUCAAUGUUUGGAAAGAAGAAGCUAUCAUAGAGCCAGUUAUUAAGUGGACUGCUCAUGAUGUAGAAAAUCGAAUCGAAUGCCUAUACAAUCUACUAAGCUAUAUUGACAUAGAUAUAGAUCCAAUGUAUUUAAAAACAGCUUUAGGCCUUCAGAGAAGCUGCUUACUAACGGAAAACAAGAUUUGUUCUCUAAUAUACAAUGCCUUGAAUCCCGUGCAUAAAGAGGUUUCCCAGCGGUCCACAGCCACAAUGUAUAUCAUUGGAGGCUAUUACUGGCAUCCUUUAUCAGAGGUUCACAUAUGGGAUCCUCUGACAAAUGUUUGGAUUCAGGGAGCAGAAAUACCAGAUUACACCAGAGAGAGCUAUGGUGUUACAUGUUUAGGACCCAAUAUUUAUGUAACUGGAGGGUAUAGGACUGAUAACAUAGAAGCUCUUGACACGGUGUGGAUCUAUAACAGUGAAAGUGACGAAUGGACGGAGGGUUUGCCAAUGCUCAAUGCCAGGUAUUACCACUGUGCAGUCACCUUAGGUGGCUGUGUCUAUGCUCUAGGUGGUUACAGAAAAGGGGCUCCUGCAGAAGAAGCUGAGUUCUAUGAUCCGUUAAAAGAGAAAUGGAUUCCUAUUGCAAACAUGAUCAAAGGUGUGGGAAAUGCUACUGCCUGUGUCUUACAUGAAGUUAUCUAUGUCAUUGGCGGCCACUGUGGCUACAGAGGAAGCUGCACCUAUGACAAGGUCCAGAGCUACAAUUCGGAUAUCAAUGAAUGGAGUCUCAUCACCUCCAGUCCACAUCCAGAAUAUGGAUUGUGCUCAGUGCCGUUUGAAAAUAAGCUCUAUCUUGUUGGGGGACAAACUACAAUCGCAGAGUGCUAUGACCAGGAGCAAAACGAAUGGAGAGAGAUAGCGCCCAUGAUGGAGAGGAGGAUGGAGUGCGGGGCGGUCAUCAUGAAUGGGUGCAUCUACGUCACUGGAGGGUACUCCUACUCCAAGGGAACGUAUCUUCAGAGCAUUGAGAAGUAUGACCCGGACCUCAAUAAGUGGGAAAUAGUGGGCAAUCUCCCGAGCGCCAUGAGGUCCCACGGAUGUGUUUGUGUAUAUAAUGUCUGAGUGGAUCCACAAAACAGAUGCAGUAAUCACUGUUUGAGGGUGCAGUAAAAGGAAUGCAGGGUUUGGAGUCCUUGUCUGUCACAUGACAGGAGAUUGGUAAAUUGUAAUUCCUAACCCUACUCACCUCCCAAACCCAGUGACUAAUGGUCAAAAAAUCUUGUGAACUUGUACAGUUGAAUCAGUGGGGUUAACCCUUACAACCUCUACUUUUUAAAGAUGUUAUGAAACAUUUGACACUUGGAAAAAGGGGAAUUCACAGUGAAUCUUUGUCUCGGGUAGCAUCAACACUGAGAUAGUUAAAUCAUUCUAUGUAAUGAGAUGUCUCUUAAGAGCCGUUGAUGUAAUAAUAGUGCACAGGUUCUGUUUAGCUAGCAGACAUUUGAAAUGUAAAGAGGGAAUCUUCUCUACCUCUAUAAAAUCAAGUCUUAAAUGCUUUUCCCCUUAGAAUUAUUUAGAAUGUGGGCUUGAACUUUGUAUAUUUUUUCCAUUGUAGUGUAUAUAAUUUAUUGUUAGUAUUCUUUAUUUACUGACUGUCAGAUAUAUACAAAAUACUGUGCAAAAAAUUGUUACUGUUCCAAGAGUUUAUAAACGAAAUUGAAAAGAAUACCAAGUCUGAAAGUUUGCAGAGAAAAUAGUCAAACACUUGCUGAUACUAAGAGCUAUUUUUAAUUCUUAGCCUUGAUGUAAAUUGCUAGUUUAGGAGUCUUCACUUUAAGCAUGUUGGAGAAUCCUCUUCUUAAAAUAUAGAUGCGUGGCUACAUAUAAAGUCGACUUUUAGAGCAAGAAAGAGUUUUGGUAUAGUAGAAAGUGCAUUGAUGAGAAGAAAACUUUCAUUUCCCAGCUCUGCCUCUGUUAGAGUUUGUGACCUGAAUCAUGAGCUAUCUGUCAUCAGAGCUUCCUGACUCCUGCACAGUGUCACUGUGGGUCACAGAUGUGUUAGAUGCAGUCCAAGUCCCCUCAGCCCUUGCAGCCAGAGGAGUCCUGGAUGGCUGGAGUCUCUGAGCCAGACACACCUUUUUCCAUCUUCCCCUGUGUGCCUACAGGUCACUUCCCACAGGGGCCAUAAGUGGAGAAAAUGUGGGAAACACUACUUCACUAAAUGCAGCUGAACUUCUAGUUAUUGAUGAGGCCAUCUAUUUCAUGCCUUUUUUUUAUAAAAAAAAAAAAGACAUUACUUUUCACUUCACUGAAAUUUAAAACUACUUCCGUCUUUAAAACUUUUAGAAAGACACUGUUUAACACGUACAUUUCAGGUGGUACUUUAAAUAAACCCCUUUGCGGGUGCAACAUGGUACUACAUAGUGAAGGCCAAAAGAAUGACCGAAUGCUUUGGCCCAUAAAUUCCUCAUGUUUUUAAAGAAAAAUACCAAAAAAAAAGGAAAAUGCAUGAAGAUGUUUAUGUCUGUAUUUUUAUAAUAGCAAAAAAUUGGAAAAAGUCUACAUGUUAAAGAAGAGAGUGAGCUAAAAAUAUUGAAGUACAUUGCUAUAGAAAUAAUUAUUUGGAAGUCUAUGUAGAAACAUGGAUGUGUCUGUAAUAUGGUAAGUAAAAUAAGCACAAUAAAAAAUUGUAUGCACGCAUGAUGUGACUGUAAAGUCUAUAUGCAUGUGGGAGGUAAUAUGCAAAAUAAACUGGUUGUAUUAGUAUAGAGGGAUGUAGAAUGGUUUUUAAUUUAUUUUUUCUUUAUCAUUUGUAUUUUCAAUAAAGACAAA